CUAGAGCAGAGCAGAGGAAAGCCCUGAUUGUGAAAGACAGCGACAGCACCUUGUAGAGUCUCAGCCUGCAUUGAUCUCCUCCGCAUCACUCAGCAUGCAGCUCCGAGCCAGCCUGGUGUCCCUAAUGCUUGUGGUGUACAGCUUGAGAGUCGUAGCAGUCCUGCCUGGUGAGGAUAGGCUCUCUGUGCACAGUAACAGGGAGCUGAGCAAAGAGAGGAAGGAGGGCUUUCUCAAGUUGCUAUCAGGCUUGUUGGAUGGAGUGGACAGUUCAGUAGUGCUGGGGGAGGACGUGUCCCCCAUGGACCUGGAGGAGCCCCUGGACUCCCGUCUUGAGGAGAGGGCCGUCUAUAACCGUCUCUCACAGCUACCCCAGAGAGCUCGCAAAGCCCCCUGUAAAAACUUCUUCUGGAAAACCUUCACGUCCUGCUAACACCCAGACCCCCUCGCCCAGCCUCCAACACCAGACCUGUGACACGAUGAACUGAACUCGCACUGUAAAUAACAUGAAAAAAAACAACCUGUGGUCUUCAUUCACUCAGUCUGUUUAAUUAUUAUUACAUCCAAAAUAAAGCAUGAUUAAGAGA